GUGUGUGUGUACGCAUGUAUGUAUGUAUGUAUGUUAUAUGCACUCACACAGAUUUGUUUAUACACGUAUAUAAGUGUCACUCCAACUUUCUAGAUUGCCAUUCUACUCCUUGGUAACUGCCAAAACAAUAACACAUGUGACGGAGACCGGACAGGACAUUUCGAUUUCAAAUCACAAGGAGAGUUUAUAAAAGAAAUCACAGAAAACUGAAAAAGACUAAACAACAAAAAAAUAAAAAGAAAGAAAAAGUUUUGUAAUAUAUGUUUUUUGCUUUUAUGUCAUCGAUUGCGCCUGUCCCAAUUUUUGAGGUUAGCAUUACUAGGAAAAAGAAAAAAACCUGCUUGUAGAAGACCGUUUCCGCUAAAAUUCUUUUCGUCAUGGAUAUGGACAGAAUCGGUUUGUUCUCCGAAAUGAGCUACAUCACUAUUGGUGAUACGUACAACGAACAGAGACCUGGUCCACACAUAAAAGGUAAAAAUUUUUAUGUUCCUGGUGUGAAAAAAAUAUCUGCUACACAAGCUGGUUAUUUUACGGAUACAUUUUCCCGUAUCAUGGAAGGGGAAGCUUAUUGUGAUCCAGUAAGGUUGGCACGCCAAUACAGUCAGAAAGAGUCUAAGAAAAACCUGGGAAAGGAAUUCAUUCCAAGUAGUGGAUUUAAAACAUCUUGUGGAGUUGGUUCUUACUAUGGAACAAUUGGUGGUCCAAUUCCUGCUCUGAGUCCAACACCAAAGCCUGCACCACCCUUCAAACCAUCUUCAAGAAAUAUUUUCACGAAUCCACCCAAAAAAGGCACAGGAUAUGGCUAUGCUGAGGUUACACUCAAUCCUUAUCCAAAGUAUUUGUCUGAUCCUAUCUCAGAAUGUAAAGAUGACUAUAUGAAAGAAUAUAAGCAUCACAAGACAUUAAUGAAGAAUGGACCUUUCAGGUUAAACAUGCAUCCAGAGGAGUAUUUUACAGUUAACCCUUUUAAAGUACCAUCAGGUAUUACCCUAUCAAAACCCAAAAGCAUUGAUGAGAAGCGGAAGCCUUUGAAACCCCUUAAACCUUUUAUUCCAAGCAACGUGGGGUACAAGGAUGGAGGUAUGAAGGCUGGUACAUUUGAACGUUACCCAACACAUUCUGUGAAUGAAUAUGUCAAAGUGAAGGAAGGUCGACCUGUACAUGUUGUCAACAAAUCAGGAAAUGUGUUUGUGCCUCUCAAGCAAGGAAAGUCUCGUCCAACCACUUCAAUUUUACAGCAAAAUGUACUAAAAGCAAUGAAUAGUCAGAACUAUAAAACUAUUGAAUCAGUGAUGUCUUACUGAGGAAAGAAACACGACAAAGUUUGGCACAAAUAAUCUUUCGAAAAGAAAAGCUUAUUUUCAAAGAAUGCAUUGUAAAUUCUUUUAAUAAAUGAUUGAAAAGACA